AUGAAUAACUCGGAACAAGAUCCAACACCCUCAGACAUAUUGAUCCCCCAGAGCGCUGUUCAACUGUACAGGCGACAACUUUUUCGACGACAGAAAUGGUUGAUAAAGAAAAGCCCGAGUAGCUAUUUGUAUCGUCUCCACUCCGAUCGCAACGGAUUACCCAUGCUGAAGUUGGGGAACGAGCCCGAUUCUUUCAUACCGGCCGACACCUCAGUCGAAAAGCUGUACCAUCUUCUGCUUGAAUCCAAUGUCCACGAAUGGCUAGAGUCAUCCCGCGCCGAAGUGCACAUUGGAAAAAUACAUGACAUCCAAGUUGAACUCCAGAACAGACCUCUGACUACCCAUAUCGAAUGGGAAAAGGCAAUUGAAGCAUCCAACACGGCAUGGGAAUACCGGGAUAAACGAACCGACCGGCGUAUUAUGCGGGUCGCAUGUCAAUUCUUGCACAUCUUUAUGCAAUGCAGACGUACUUGCGUCCAGGAACUGUGUGUUCUACACAAGAUCAACAAUCCACUUUUGUCUUAUUCGCCACCACUGUCAGAAACUGCUCGUAUACUCGGAAGAUUGUCAGGGACAUCAUUACCGAUAGACCGAACUACCAAUCACCGCAUAUGCGACGAUGAAGAACAUCGGAUCUUUGCCGAUGCCCAAAACGACAUCGAGUUUCUUUCGGUAUUGGACGGGAAAAGUGAUAUGACUAACUCGAUGCUCGACAAUAUGGCGUACAAACGCAUUGGUACUGCUAAGAAGAUAUGGAGUGUUCAAAAGAACUUGGAGCUGCUGAACACGCUGGACCAGAUGCUCUAG